UUACCUGAUGCCUGUACGGCAGGAGGCGAUACACUCGGAAAAACUCGGAUAUUUUCCCUUUUCUCGGCUCGACUUUCCACAGAACAUUUACCCCGAAAUGAUAAAUAUAUCAAUAUACGAUAUAUAAGUCUUAUACUAGCGGCUUCUAUCUAAAUAAAUAAAAAGACAAUGAAUUAAUUUUCCUACGACGUUUUUUUUUUAAAGCUGCGGUCACCAGACGAAGCUAAGAGCUUUGUGUUCAGGAUGUGUGCAUCGGUGAAAUACAGCUCUCGUGGUCCGGCUCUCAUCCCUCGCAUGAAGACCAAACACCGGAUUUACUACAUCACACUGUUCUCGGUGGUCCUGCUGGGUCUGAUUGCCACCGGAAUGUUCCAGUUUUGGCCCCAUUCCAUUGAGUCCUCAGCCGAGUGGACUCUGGACCGCCGCAGUGUGCACGAUGCCCCUCUGGUCAAACUUCUUGCGUCCAGUCCCAUUCCAGAGAGAGGAGAUCUGAGCUGUCGCAUGCAUACCUGCUUUGAUGUCUACCGCUGUGGCUACAAUCCCAAAAACCGCAUCAAGGUGUACAUCUACCCCCUGCAGAGGUUUGUGGAUGAGGUGGGAGUGCCGAUCAGCAGUAACGGUCUGUCUCGUGAGUAUAAUGAGCUGCUGAGCGCCAUCUCCGACAGCGACUUCUACACUGAUGAUGUGACUCGCGCGUGUCUCUUCAUCCCCUCCAUCGACGUGCUGAACCAGAACUCACUGCGUAUCCGAGAAACUGCUCAGGCUCUCGCCAUGUUACCCAGGUGGGAUAAGGGGAUGAAUCACUUGUUGUUCAACAUGUUACCUGGAGGACCUCCAGACUACAACACGGGGCUGGAUGUUCCUAGAGACAGAGCUUUGCUAGCUGGGGGCGGUUUUUCGACAUGGACAUACAGACAAGGCUACGAUGUCAGCAUCCCAGUUUACAGCCUCCUGUCGGCUGAAGUCGACCUCCCUGAGAGACAGCCCGGCCCCAGGCGAUACUUCAUCCUGUCAUCUCAAACCGCCAUCCAUCGGGAAUAUCGCACAGAGCUGGAGAGGCUGAAGGAGGAAAACGGACAGUCCAUCCUCCUGCUGGACAAAUGCAGUAACCUCUCUCAGGGUGUGGCCUCGGCUCGGAAACGCUGCUCCAAGGGUCAGACAUACGACUACCCUCAGAUCCUACAGGAAUCGUCAUUCUGUGUGGUGUUACGUGGCGCUCGACUCGGUCAGGCCACUCUAAGUGACGUGCUGCAGGCCGGCUGCGUUCCCGUCAUCAUGGCCGAUUCGUACAUCUUGCCCUUCUCUGAGGUGCUGGACUGGAAGAGAGCCUCAGUCGUCAUUCCAGAGGAGAAGCUUCCGGAGAUGUAUACGAUUUUGAAAAGUAUUCCUCACAGACAGGUGGAGGAGAUGCAGAGACAGGCUCGCUGGUUCUGGGAUGCAUACUUCAGCUCAAUGAAGGACAUCGGUUUGACCACACUGCAGAUCAUCAAUGACCGCAUUUACCCGUAUGCAGCGCGCACGUAUGAGCAGUGGAACAACCCUCCAGUCGUGAAGUGGUCCAGUGUGAAUAGUCCACUCUUCCUCCCACUGAUUCCUCCUCGCUCUCCUGGAUUCACCGCCGUGGUUCUGACCUAUGACCGCGUUGAGAGUCUCUUCAGGGUCAUCACAGAGAUCUCCAAAGUGCCUAGUCUGGCUAAGCUGCUGGUGGUCUGGAAUAACCAGAACAAGAUUCCACCUGAAGAAUCUCUGUGGCCCAAGAUCGCAGUUCCUCUAAAGGUGGUGCGCACCAAAGAAAACAAACUCAGCAAUCGCUUCUUUCCCUUCAAUGAGAUUGAGACGGAGGCGGUGCUGGCCAUUGAUGAUGACAUCAUCAUGCUGACCUCUGACGAGCUGCAGUUUGGAUACGAGGUGUGGCGGGAAUUCCCAGACAGGCUAGUAGGAUAUCCUGGCCGACUUCAUUUAUGGGACCAUGAAAUGGGGAAGUGGAAGUACGAGUCAGAGUGGACCAAUGAGGUGUCCAUGGUGCUGACCGGAGCUGCAUUUUAUCACAAGUACUUCAAUUAUCUGUACACAUACAAGAUGCCGGGAGACAUUAAAAACUGGGUAGACGCUCAUAUGAACUGUGAGGAUAUCGCCAUGAACUUCCUGGUGGCCAACAUCACAGGGAAAGCUCCUAUAAAGGUGACGCCACGUAAGAAGUUCAAAUGCCCUGAGUGCACGGCGAUAGACGGUCUGUCGUUGGACCAGACACACAUGGUGGAGAGGUCCGAGUGCAUAAACAAAUUUGCAUCUGUAUUCGGCACCAUGCCUUUGAAAGUGGUGGAGCACCGUGCUGAUCCUGUUUUAUACAAGGAUGACUUUCCGGAGAAGCUCAAGAGUUUUCCUAACAUUGGAAGUUUAUGACCGACCCCCUCCUUACAUCUUCGUCUCGUACAAAUCACGUCACAGACGCUCUAGGACUCAUCGAUUUUUGUUGAACUUUUCAAAUUGAGAGCAUUUCUUGUAUGGUUGCUGACGGGGCGGGAAAUGACGUGAUGGAGGAAAUCGCUGUGUUUCUACUUUGUUCUUUUUUCGAGAUGGAUCUUCAGGAAGGCAGAACCGAUAUCUGGAACGUCAAAGGGAGCAUGAUUGUGUCAGUCAAUAACACUGAAAAUUAGGGUCCACUGAUCAGAAAGGUCGUGUUUGACCUUAAUAUAAUGCACACAAUUGUGGCAUUUUAUAUGUUUUUAUGAAAAAACAAGGAUUGGAUUUGAGAGUUUUGAAGUAUUAUCACGGAUAUUAAAUGUCCUGGAUCUCUCUGUG